AUGCCAGCUCACCAAGCGCUGCGCCCUGCGGGCGAGUUGCGCAUCCGACUCGACACGACCUACCUCGAGCUACCACGGCCGACGCUCGGCUCUGUGCGGCGCUCCUACGAGGGCAUAAACGCGCUCGCGCUCCUGGUGUCGGAGCGCCAUCCCGACGCCGUCAGGCCCAAGCACGCGCACUGA